AUGGACAAACUUGCUUCUGAAGGCGUAAUACUGGAUAAUUACUAUGUACAACCAAUUUGCUGUCCAUCCAGAGGUGCUCUCCUUUCCGGAAUGUACCCUAUACAUACAGGUAAAAACGCUUCGCGCAAAUUUAGCAUUACUGCCAUUACUUGCACGGCUUUCUUAGCAUAGCUUCUUGUUAAUUGUUGAACUGUCAUCGCCGGGCACUCGCGAUUUUUUCCAACAGUUUCAUUGCCAUCCUUGAACUCAUUUCUCUGGUUUACGGAUUAUUUCUUUUCCGGGUAGGGGUAUUUAAAAGUGAUGUAUCUUGGUGGCUGAGGAUAGUCUGUUCACAGAUCAAACUAGCCUGCGUGGCAGGUGUUUCUCUCACGCCCAAAACCCCCUUUCCCUUCACACAACAGCUUCUUUCCCCAUCAUCCUAAACUAUAUUGCCUUUAAGGUUUCAAAUUGUUCCAACAGACGGCAGGAAUUGCGAAACAGUUUCAAUGUAGACCAUAACUUUAGGAAUUCAAUCGAUGUGAAGGGAAGCUUUAACUUUUUUUUUUUUUUUUGUAAAAAAGAUAGUAGAUAGCGUGACACAGCCGGCAGGAAACAAUUGUGAGGGUUUCAAUGGGGUUAACCGAUAGGCGUAAAACGGCCAAAAAUUUAGUCGAUAGCCGUAAAAAUUGAAAAUUUUUAUCCGUUAGCCGUAAAUACGGUAAACAAGAGUUACUCAGGGCUUCAACGGGAUUCGAACCCGUGACCUCCGCGUUACCGGUGCGUUGCUCUACCAACUAAGCUAUGAAGCCACACAUUGGGAGCGAGGUCAAUUGAGUUCAUAUCUCCCGUGAGGAGUGAAAUGAUGUGAAGUAUAUAUGAAAUAAUUAAGUAAUCAUAGUAGUAGUAAUCAUAAGUAGUCCCCAAAACUAAACAUUGUAUAUUUUGAUUCGCUUGGAAUGGGCGCAAGAAAGAACGGGGCGCUCGACGGAGACACGCGAGGGGAGAGAGAGCACCUGCCCGAGAGGCCCUAGCCUGCGGUGCGCAGACGCUUUUUUUCGGCUCUUGUUUCACGUUUAUACUUGCUUUCUGAGAGUGCAGAAAAUUCCUAUUGGUUAAGAGGCGCCCGAGGGGAUAGGUGCUCGCGUUAGGCGAGAAAACUGUCAAUCAGAAAAUCAGAAAACACGAGAUCGUUUGUAAACAUAUGGUACAUGAAGGGAGGGGGGCGUCUGUACACAGGCUAAUGAGAACCAGGCUUUACAUCAUUAAAUGGUACAAUCGAGGGCCAGAUCUUGGAGUCUUGGAGGUCAUAGAGUACUAAAGUGUGACGUCAUGAAAAUGAAAUUUCUGAAAUUAUGGGAUUUGUCAGGAUAUUCUGAAAGAACAAUGUCCAAGAGGCCUACUUGCCAAAAAUGAGCAUUUCGGGGCAAAUUAUCUCUGAGAUCGUAGCCCAGUUAUCCUUAGAAAACUCCAUACAAACCCUUCUAAUUUUUUUUGGGUCGACUGUCAUCUGGGUUAUACGUACCAGAAACUCAUAAGGGGUUGAAACGUGUAACUCGCGUUCAAUGCUCGUGAAUAUUCACUUUUACCAUAUUUGGAAACCUUAGUGACAGAUAUCCAUUUUCAACAAAUGGCUGCCGCGCGAUGACCAUGCAGAUGUUUUAAGACAAGAGGUCUGCAUUUCAAGGUUAAAAAUACACCGUUAAAAGACAAAAAAUGGAAAGAGAAAGUUCAAAAGAAUGCUCAGCUUUCUUUUUGUGAAGGAAGGGAAGCUUUUCAUCAAGAAAUCAUCCUUCGAGGAAUUCAACCUUGUUUUCUUCUCGACGGAGCGCAUGGUCUGUUUUGAAAUGCAACCAGGACAGUGAAGUUUUUGCUGAAUUUUCAGGUACAUUUUGGACUCUAUGGCCAAGACAAUUACGUUUUUGAAAGGCAGUUUAUGUAUUUUUAAAUGUUUCAUAGACGUUUUAUAAAUUUUUCUCUUCGGCGCUAAAGAAAAAUUACAAAAUGUGCCCCAGUUUGAGAUGGAUUUGGUGUUAAAUUUUGCCAUGUGCUCAGCCGAUUUCGCUUUCGUGAACGGAUCCACGAUCCAGAUAGUGUUUUCUGAAUUGCUUUAAAGGAUUAACUUUUUGGAUUUUGAAAAAAAAAUUUCAAGAAACGGCUUCUCUGUCUAUUGUUUUGAGUUUUUUCAUUCAUAAAAUUAGCUCAAACCACGAUCGUGACUACAACAUCCAAGCUGAAUUUAAUUCUCACAUUCAUUACACGCAUCACUUUUUGCGAAGAUGUCAGGUUCAGGUUUUGGACACUUUUCGAUCCUCAGCUAAUGAAUUUUAUUCGAAAAUACUUUUUACUGUUUAUUCUAGACUUAAUAUAAGAAUUUUAAAUGCCUAUUUGCAGUAUAAGUUUACUCCAGCUGUGCAGAGGGUCAACGAAGCAUCGUUUUUUGAAGUGAAAACUUCAUGAAGUUGCGAGGACGUCAAUGGGUUUUAUAAUGUUAUGUUAGGCCCGGGUGGUAAGGCAAUAAUAUCCUGCUCAGUGUUUCGGUAAGAUUUCUGGUUUCAACCUUUGAAAGCUUUCUCGGCUUCCGGGAGUUUUUCCCCCGUUUGUCGACCAUUUUUUUCAAGCGGGCGCGGGAACAUGAAGUAAAACUACGUCACGUUGUUUACGAAGUUUGAUUGGUCAGUUAUCUCUUCUUCUCGUUCCAAAUAUGGUACUUUCGAAAAUGAAUAAUCACGAGCAUCGGACAAAGCAAACAUAUGAGAGUUACACGUUUCAACCCCUUAUGAGUAUCUGGUUAUACUUACUGGUUACUUAUUAAGUACGCGCAUGAUUAUAUGGAAAUCGGAUGUGUCCAGAACUGAGAAUUCUCGUCAAUUUUCUUUUGGAUUGACGACGAAACACUUCCGUCGAGAUGGCUUAUCUAUAAGAGUAGUGCCUUUCUAGAAUGGGCUGUGCCUAGACGACGUGUUCUUAUUUCUUUUGGCAGACUGUUUCUGCAUGUCUAUUGCACUUUGUUUGCAAAGUCCGUGACUGCGGGUAUCAAUUUUUCAAAAUACCCGGGAAACAGUAUUUAAAAUCUGUUUGAAAAUAAAUUUGGUUGACUUUUUUCCUUUGAAGUAUAUUUUUUACCAUUGAGGACAGCGGGUUUUUUUUCAAAACACCCUAUAAACAGCCUGUUUAAGUUAGGUUUGGAAACAGGUUCCAUUUAAAUACCUUUUAAAUGAGGAUAGUUUGUGAAAAUACUGUAAAAACAGCCGGUUUUAAUCCUGUUUGGAGAGAUUUCAAGGUGUUCGUCAUUUCAAAUCACAAUUUAAAUUGAACUUCCUAUUAAACCUUCUUCAAACAUGUUUUAAUUAUAACUAUGCUAUUUAUGAGCUGUUUAAGGUCGUAGACGAGGAAGUAUAUUCAACAAAGUAAACAUCUUAAUUAAAACCUGAUUUUGAACUUCACUUGUACAAACUACUUUUUAAAUCUUUGAUUUUAGGUUGUUCUUUAAAAAAGGAAGUUUAGCUACUCGCCAGUACUCUCUUUCCGAAAAUAUAGUUUAAAUACUGUAUUUAAAAUGUAGUUUUGAUAUCAAAUAUGUUUCAAAUACAAGGAAAACCUGGGAAAGUGUUAUGAAUAUUAUUCAAAUAGGUGUCAAAUACAAUUCAAGCUUCUAACGCUAUUUUGGUUUUAGUCGUGAAAUAUAAUAAAAAUACCUCAAAUUGUGGUAAAAAUAGUUUUUAAAUCGUUUAAAUAGCUUUAAGCUACUUCACAUGCAGACAGUUUUAAAAUACGUUUGACUGGAGUGGACCGGGAAGUUACAACUGAUUCUCGCUUUGCUUCGCGCUGCUCGCUAGUCUUCUCUGAAAGUAAAAAAAAAAGUAGUAAAAAAUGUAAAAAAGACUUUAUCUGGCGAGCAGAGUUUUCUCUCUGGCAUGGCUUUUAGCGUUCGUGUCGCUUGUCAUUCGCGUAGUUGGUUAAACGAACUUAGUCUUAAAUGUCAUCUCUCUCUUCGCCCCCCCCCGCAACGGGCGGCAAGGCGAAAGAGACGACGUCUCUGGUCUUUCAGGGGCACCCUACGACAAUUUUAGGAAAAUAUCUGUUCGGAAGACGAUUUGAGAUCUAGAAUUUUCGGAACAUUUGUUGUAAAAUUUCUUGCUUGCCUACCUCUCCUAGGAUUUUCCAGCAUCUAAAAAAUGGUAUAAUUGCCCAUUUUUAACGGAUUUUUUACUCUUUAAAGGUCACCGAGAAUUUUCGGGAGCCUUUCUUCUGGCUGAAAUUUUCGAAAAGAUAACUUUUGAUCCCUAUAAUUUUCGGAUCACUAGACUUUCAGCUAGGAAAUCCGAACGAUGAAACAUUUUUAGGGGAUAAAAAUAUGCCUAUAUCUACCGUUUAAAUACUAAAAUACAUUUAACAAUGCUAUGUUUAAGUGGUUUUAAAUUAUAUUCUCGUUGGGUGCCCCUGGUCUUUCUUGCCUUGCCGCCCAUUGCUGGGUGGGACGAAGAGACAGAUGACAUUUCAUUCUAAAAGCGACUUCGUAAAGAUCGUAAACGCUAAAAGCCAUGAAUGCAAGUGAGAAACCUCUGCUCGCAGGGUAAAAAAAAACUUCAGUUUGGUCCCGAGAAGAACUUGGUCAAUACUCAGCCUUCUUGACCUAACGCUUGGUCAUUAACUUUAUAACACUGUUUUAAAGCGAAUAUAUUGAUUGAUUGUAGGCUUACAGAACGGAGUUAUAGGCCCUACGGAGCCAUAUGGACUUCCACUUAACAUCACCAUCUUACCGCAGAAACUCAAAGAAGCAGGUAAGGACAAACUGACUUCAACAACCUUGUGCUAACAAGUUCCAUUUGCUCCCAAAUGCUUGGCGUACUCAAUCAAUGAAAAUCGAUAUCCAGACUGCGUUCAGUCUCUUAUUUCUAUUUUUUAAUUUCGCAGUAGAUGGACAGCACGAGUGAGAAGGAGAGUACUUUUUCCUCUCUCUACGUCCAAUUUUACUUUCUCGCUCGCCCGUGGCCCCAAGGAAAGAAGGACUACCACCCCAGAUCUAAUCGAUAUCAAUCGUUUUGCAAGUUAAUGGUUAUUGAAUUGAACUGGGUGAAGUGCAAUUUGGUUUGUAUAUGAUCUGACGGGCGCGCAGCGUGACUAAAAAAAAAAUAGUGGAUCAGGUUUUUGUGCUAUCCGGAAUAAUCAAGGUCAUUCCUUGAUUAUUUAGGAUAUAUCACAAGAUUAUUCCCUGAUUAUUUAGGAUAUCCGCACAAAAACCGAAUCUAAUAAUAGUUUUAUUAUACAUUGCUUUGAAGAAAAUAACGAGAAACACACUGUCGAAGGAACCUGAAUUGACAUAAUUGUCAUUGAAAUUAGUCAGUUAUCUGCUAGCAGAUAACUAAUUAAUCUGUAGGUUGCGCUGAUUUUCAAAAAAAGCUGUAAGCUCUUAGUCAAUGAGAAGACAUAAUGUGUACAAUGUAUAAUAAUAAUUCUUGUAUGUAUCCGUAUGUUCGUAUGUUACCAGUUCGUUCCUAGCAUGUACUUGAAUCAGAGAUCUUGACUAAGCACCACACGGUUACAUACGGAUAACAUGCGAAUAUAAGGGAAAAAUGUUUUGCGCUACCUGUCGAGAAAUGGAAUGAUUCACUUAAGCUGCAUUUUGAGACAUUAUUAAAAUUUGUUUUAAAUAAAUCUUUGCCUGGUUUUUUAAAGUUACAUUUCUCAAACUUGUUAGAACUGAAGAUUGUUUAAAAAGAUGAAAACGGCUUUCAAAGUUUCCGUAGUUGUGUAAUGCUUUUCCGAACCGGGGCCAUGUUUACGCAUGAAGACACAGGCAAUCACUGAUUUUAACGUUAAUUUUGAAGCAGCCGCGUUUGACGAUGCUUUAAGUCUAAGGAUAUUUUCACUAAGUCACCUCAUGAAAGAGAAUCCAAUACAGUCUUGGAUUCUGGAUUCCAUGUGGUACUGGCAUGGAUUCCGGUCUUUGCAGUGGAACUUGAAUUCUCGAUUCUAAUCGUUUUAUAGUAGCACUCCGGAUUCUUUGAUCUGUAUUACGGAUUCCAAAGCCCAGGAUUCCGGAUUCCACAAUGAAAAAUUUCUCAGAUUCCAGAAUCCGUUUUCGCUUUCUUUCUUUCUUUUUUUUAUAUAAAUUUAAUCUUUAUUAAUAACUCCACAAACAGUACAAUGCAAUUAACCAAUUAACAACAGUAGUAGACUAAUUACUCUAAUUACACUAGUUACAUUACCAAGUAAAUACAAGAAAAGAGCAGAAUAAAUAAGACAAAAAGAAAUGUUCUUAAAGUUCAAAGCUGUUAAUUGAUCACAAUCUUCUUUUCCAAAAGCCUUCGGUAAUAAGCAGUACACAACUACAAGGAAGCCGUCUCUAGAGGUGGUAACUUGGAACAAAUAUACAUUUGCCAAUUAAACUAACAAUUACCAUUGAAGAGUGGGACCAAAGGAUCCCAUUUCUUGUUUGUAGGAUUGUUUGUAGAUACUUGUUUGUAAGAUUCAAUUUUACAUGGGGACUGAAGGGUCUUCAAAAACAUUUUUAGCUGAGGGUUCCUGUAGCAGGUUCUGCAACCCCAGAUGUAGUGUCUUGGGGCGCCACUAAAAACUAUAUUUCAAUAGCUUUAAAAUGCACUCAUUUUUAUUUCACAUCAGGAUACUCUACACAUAUGAUAGGAAAGUGGCAUCUGGGAUUCUGUAGCUGGUCAUACACUCCACUAUACCGUGGCUUCGAUUCAUUUUAUGGCAUAUACCUUGGCGCUGGAGAUCAUUACACACACGAGCUAGGCGGAAUUCUUGAUCUACAUGAUGACGGAACGCCUGUAGAAGAUAAGAACGGAGUUUAUUCUACGUAUCUUUACGCUGAGGUUUGGAAUAAGAAUAGAUUCUUAUUUUUAUUUUUUUUUUUCGUUUAGCUAUUUCACCUACCUGAUCAUACGGAGAAAAGAUCUGUAGUACUUUUUACCGCAAAAAAAUCUUCUGGAUCUUGACUGUCGACUAUCAUUUUUUUCGGUGACAAAUGUAUAUGAAAUAAAUCAUAUAUGAGAGCUGCGAAAAUAAAAACAAGUGAAGAAUGGUCCUCGCAGUUGUCAACGCAAUUUAUGCAAUUGCGUUAGAAAAGCCCGAAAAAAAUCCACGACUUUAACGGGAUUUGUAUUCGUGACCUAGCGAUACCAGUGCGACGCUCUAACCAACUAAGCUAUGAGGCCACUGAUGAUGGGAGCAGGUCAUGUGUUCGGUAACGCGACGUCACGGGUUCAAAUCCCGUUGAAGUCCCGAAUUUUUUUCAGGCUUCUCUUACGCAAUUGCAUAAAUUGCGUUUACAACUGCCAGGAUCAUUCUUUAUUUGACAAGAUAUUAUUGUUGAUUAGUCAGGAGAGGAAAACAUUAAGGAACAGGACAGCAAACAGUUUCAAUACAUAAAAGUCUGGAAUAACAAGCCUCGACCAUUGUUUUUUGAAUUUAAUAGAUAUGAUUACGUUUUAGCGUGACCUGGCCCAAAGACAGUAAAAUGGAUGUCAAUUUCGAGUGCUUUUUAUUUGCAGCAAGCACAGAGCGUAAUCCUAUCCCACAAUGCCUCGACACCAUUGUUUUUAUAUCUACCAUUUCAAAGCGUCCAUAGUCCUCUGCAAGUUCCCACCGAGUACACGGAAAAGUACGAAAACAUUACAGAUGAUGACAGAAGAAUCUAUGCAGGACUGGUUGAAAAUGUUGAUGAAGCAAUAGGAAAUAUAACAGAGGCCAUGAAGACAGCUGGGUAAGUAGAUAUUAAGUAGAGAUCUGUACCUGUCAAAUAAAACAUCUAUUUAAUUCACAUCAAAAUUACAUUAGGGCACCCAUAAGAAUUUGAAGUACCCAUUCGUAAUAGGUCCUUAGGGGUACGGAAGCAGGGAUUAUAAGUAAAUUCCGGGGGAGAAACAAAAGGAAAUACGAUAUUAAUCCCCAGGGGAGCCCUUUACUUGUUACUCCUUUUAGGGGGUGUAAAUCGCUAAAUGUUGGUCUUACUUUGGAAGCCUUUCAUUAAAAGCAAAUAUUUUUUACCCACACAGGUACACACAUACACAGCCAUAUAUAGCCCUACAUAGCCCUACAUAACCAUACAUAGCCCUACAUAGCCCUACAUAGCCAUACACAGCCAUACACACACACACAAACACACAUACACAUACAUACAUAUUUUCUUUAUUUGGGGUGUUAUACAAUAAGUAGUAUAUCAACUAUUUCCAAAUAACUAAAAUUACAAACAACAAAAAAUUCCUAACCAUAUAUGGCUAAUAAGUUAUUAAUUAAUUAAGUCCUAGAGUAUCUACUUUUUACCGUCUUCCCCUUUCCUCUUUUCAAAGCAUUUGAAUGUAUGUUUUGCCAUUAACUUUUGUAUUUUAGCAUUUCCGCUAGGGGUUUUUUUUAGAAACAUGAAUAUUUUGUUAGGUGACAUUCUGCUUAUUUUUAUUCUGUAUUCUUUUUCCAAAUAACCUGGUAACGAACAUGUUUUUUCCCAGUAACCAGGGCAUAUAUUUAUAAAAUGGUAUUCGUCCUCCAUUUCUAUUUUACAAAUUGGGCAAAUUCUUUCUGCUGGUUUCUUAAACGGUCUCGAAUAACGUCCUGUCUCUACGACUAAUUUGUGGUUACUAAGUCGCAGUUUUGUUAGAGCUAUUCUGUGUCGCGUAUUGAUUGGUGACCUGAUGUAGGAGGGUCUCAAUGGGGUUAAUCGAUAGGCGUAAAACGGCCAAAAAUUUAGCCGAUAGCCGUAAAAAUUAAAAAAAAUUAACCGUUAGCCGUAAAUAGCGUAAAAAAGAGUUAACCGUAGAAGAAAGUGUUCCCUAGAUUUGCUACUUUUAAGGAAGGUAAUAAACUCGCUUAUGGUUGGUUUUUUAAUUCCCGGCUAGUGUGACUCCGUACGCACGUUAGGCGAAGCGCCUUUUAGGUGUUAACCAAGACCUAUAGGCUCCAUUUCCGGCGCUUUCUUGGGGAACUAAUUUUUUCCAUAGCGAAAGUGUGGCUUCUUGCUGGGGAUUAAUGUUUGCAAUUUUCAGGAGGCCAUGCCCUCAAAACACUAGUGAAACAACACCCAGAGAUGUCACUGUUUGUAAAACACGUUGCCGAUAAACAACAUUUCCCUGUUUUUCUCGGACGCUACGGUAGACAUUGACAUGCCUAGUCCCUGUUCGGCGGCUUCCCUCGCAAUCUCGGUCAAAGCAUUUCAGUGGCGAACUCGCUCGGACCUCAUGACCCGAAAGGUAUCAGCCGCGCGGAGAUGAUCCGAAGACCUUUAUUUUGAUUUAAAGAUACAAAAAAAUACAGGUAAAUUAAUAUUUAACUUUUUGAAACAAAAGAACUUAAUUUUUAACUUUUUCGUUAACCGUAACUGAAAAAAAUUAACCGAUAGCCGUAAAAGAGCCAAAAUUUUAGCCGAUAACCGUAAAAGCCACCACCCCAUUGAGACCCUCAUGUACUGUGCUUUCAUCCAGAGUUCUCCUAAUCCCAUCUGUUCCAAUAAGCUUUUUUUUUUGCUCCAGGGAGCUUUAUUUUCAUUCCAUUUAAUGUCAUUGUAUGCUAUUUGGGAUAAUUUGUUAUUAUUUUUGGUUAAGGUUAACGAGAACUUAAGUUCCUACAUUGGGCUUCAAUUCUCAUUGGGAACCUUCCUGUCUCAGCCCUGCACGCAUUGUUAUUGCAGUAUUUAUUAACUCCCAGCAACCACUUUGGGAAUUUAUUUUGAACUAAUUCUGCUGGAUCCUUUUCUAAUUGUCCAUUGCAAUCAAUCCCCCACACUUCACUCGCAUAAAAGAGUAUGGGAGAUAUCAGUGCAUCAAAUAACUUCAUAGUUAAUCAUAAUUUUUGUCUUGUCUAAAUUUACACUUAAAUCGGCAUUUUCACAGAAAGAUUCCAGCUUAUUAAGGAUUAUUUGAAGCUUUUUGUUCGAAAGCUGUAUUUGUUCGAAAGGGCAGGAGAGCCGAAAUCUCAGUUAUAAAGGAGGAUGAACAUAAUAAAAUAUACACAUGAUUCUUGCUCCUACGCCACUCAACCUAGGAUGAAUUCUACUCCUUCCGCGGGGCUUGUUCUCCGGAGACGAUCGAGGGUGAUGAGCUUGAUACGGAGUCAAGUUGUAACAUCACGUAGCCUGUUCCAGACUGUCGGUUACCAGGUUACAUGCAUGUAUAUUACUGUAUCUUUGAUCAAGUUCAUCGAACUUUUGUCGAUUCAUUGCAAACAUAACACUCAUAAAUCUACAGUAUUGGUCCGUUUCUGCUUCGCUGAGCCCUAAAAUUUGUUUAUGGCGUUCCAGGCGUUCAGAUAGUCGAGUGCCGCGCAAAAUGGGAGAGAGGGAAAAAAUAGGGAGGCAGAGAGGGAGUCCCGUGUUUUUUUUCCUGCUUAUAUAUUUGCUCCGUCCUUACAAUCUGAGGGUCUGGAACAGGCUAUAACAUCACGUUUCAAAACCAACCUUGACCUUGACCCUGGAGGGCCGAUUGAGUUGAACUGAACGGGCAUUAAUAUUAAAUCAAGGAAACCGGACCUCAUAUUAUUAUUAUGGUCAGCGCCGUUUUCAAAAUGAUUUUUUUUUUUUAUAUCAUAUCAUAUCAUUGCAUGUAUUCUUUGUUUAUCUUUCAUCCCUUAUUCAACAUCAUUUGUUAUUGCUUAUCCAUGCGUCUAGUCUUCAUAUUUCACUUUCAGAAAGAGACCGUGUUACGCCGCAAAAUGUAAUAUUAACGCAAAAUGUAAUAGGAAUCGCCGCAAAAUGUAAUACUAACGCAAAAUGUAAUAAAAUUUUCAACGCAGAAUGCAAUAAUCUUUCAACACAAAUUGUAAUAACUUUUCUAACGCAUAAUGUAAUAACGCAAAAUGUAAUAAUUUCCGAAUAACGACGUGCAUGCUGUUUCAAAAUCGGUAUUGUUGCUCAGUCAGCGGUAGUAGUGAAUUCAGAUCUUCAAUUAAAUUAUAAGCUAUUAUUAUUAUAGAUAUUAAUAUUAACAUUAUUAAUAAUAUUAAUAUUAUUAUUAAUAUUAAUUAUUAUUAUUAUUAUUAUUAUUAUUAUUAGGGAACCGAAUGAGACGUUUGUUUCCGCUGAUUUGAACGUAAUACAGGUCCCAAUACAGUGCCCACCUAGCCGUCCCCUCAGCCAACAUUUCGCCCUAAGUGAGAAAUAAGUGUUAAUGUUGGCUUAGGGGAGGGUUAUGUAAACAGUUUCCCAUAAUUAUUCAAAAAUUCUAACCCAAACCAAAUUAUCCAUACACCCUCCCCCCUCAAGUGGUCGAAAAUGGUCGCCCCUAAAAAGAGGAAAUUGCGCACUUUGUAUGGAUCUCCCAGUUCAAGAUUUGGCGCCGUCAACUCUAAGCCAAUGGCGAUUGCGUUGCUGAGCAAAUUCAAGGUUUCGUUUAGCGUCGAAUGCGUUUCCUGAUAUUGAGUCGGUCGGUCGGAUUGAAAAAAAAAACCUAAAAAACAAAAUCACAAAUCAAAUCGGAAUAGGAGGCCCUGGUACCCCAGGACGACGUUAAAAGUUAACAUUCACAUAUUUUAUUUAUUUUCAUUUAUUUUAUUUGACUGAAUUAAAUUCAACAUCUGAAAUUAAACCAAGUCUCUCAGUUGCUACAGUUGUGGUACAGUACAGUAAGCUCUAGCAGCCAUUUUUGUCUCGUCACGCAAUGCUCCUCCUCCUUUGUUGGGGACGAGACAAAACACGGCUGCGAUCGAGAGAGACUAGCUCAGCACGGAAUUAACACGACGUUUCAACCGUUAUUUCAUUAAUAGUAAUAAUAAUAAUAAUAAUAAUAAUAAUAAGAAGAAGAAGAAAAUAAAUAUUAUUACUAUUAUUAAUAUCAAUAUUGAUAAUAAUAAUAAUAAUUCACAUGAAGAUCUGGAUCAGCUACUGAUUACUGAGCAACAAUACCGAUUUUGAAAUAGCAUGCACGUUGUUAUUUCGGAAAUUAUUACAUUUUGCGUUAUUACAUUAUGCAUUAUAAAAGUUAUUACAAUUUGCGUUGAAAGAUUAUUACAUUUUGCGUUGAAAAUUUUAUUACAUUUUGCGUCAAUUUUAUUACAUUUUGCGUUAGUAUUACAUUUUGCGGCGAUUCUUAUUACAUUUUGCGUUAAUAUUACAUUUUGCGACGAUUAUUACAUUUUGCGGCGUAACAGACCGCUUCUCUCCUCUUAACCUGCUUUUUAAUUAAAAAAAAAAAAAAAAAAAAAAUUCAACGCUGUCGGUUGUACACACUACUCUGUCAGUUGUGUACAUUAUUUACUCGGUCAGUUGUAAACAUUUACCCUGUCGUUUGUACACACCACAAGGUCAGUUGUGUACAUUAUUUAAUCGGUCAGUUGUAAACAUUUGCUCUGUCGGUCAGUUGUGCACAUUAUUUACUCGGUAAGUUGUAAACGGGUAAUCUCUUACUUUUCUAAAACAUGUUUCCCGUCUUGAUGUAAGAUUUUACAAAGUAAACGUCGUAAAAUAAUAGCCUCUAUUUUUGUUUGGCGUCUUCGUUUAAGAAAAACCCGUCUUACCUUAAGUUUGUAACAUAUCAUUUAAGAGGAGUAACAUGUUAAAGUGAUCUUAAAGAAGUUUUAAGAUGUUUUUGAUUAGUUUGAAAUGUUUGAGAGGUGGGCAUCUUACUUAAGAAGCAAAUUAUUAUCUUAAACUGAGAAGUUAGAAGUUACUUUUACUUAAAAGUAUGUUCUGUAUACCUACAAAACGUCUUUCUGAAUUUCGUAAUUCAGCUCAAACUCUGCAUAAAUUUGUUGGGAAGCCAUUUGAUGAAAUUAAAAUGCAAGCCAACUCAGAUGCUAUCGUGUUUUAAGCUUGUGUUAUAGAUGAUUUAACACAAAACAAUAGGCAGAAAAAUUAUUCUUGAAAAUUUUUAUUUAAUUAUGGAACCGGCGAUGUAUUUAUCCUUUUAAAUUCGCAUCACAAUUCGAUCAUCGAUCCGUACUGACACGCGAAAACAUGACUCCGGCUAAGUCGAAAACGUGGCAAUUAAAAAUCAGCACUAAACCUUCUGAAAACGUGUGCAGAACAUGUAUAAGAAAAUUCAUAUUAAAAACGCAAUUUUCUUAACCAUAAGGUACAAAGUGUACCUGAAAUUCACGGUUAAAUUUCACGACUCGCAAAACGAGCGCAACAUGAUCAGAUUCUUCGAAGGAUCGAAGACAAAUGGAAAGGCAAACAGUGAGCAUUAUUUUGAUAUUCUCUCUCCAUCGAUGUCUUUAAACAGUGCAAGUUUUCAACCUCGCAAAGUGAAAUUUUACGCAAAAAUUCUUCGCAUUUAGUUUUUUUUUUUUCAAAUUUCGGAUCAAAACAUCCAAAGUGCCUCUCGUUGGUUUACCUAUGAUGCUGCUAAUCACAGGAAAAGAAAUGGCAAAACAAAGAGAAACCGCCAGUGUGGAAAAGAUUUACUGUGGACGACAUCUUCUGUUUAUGGGACACAAAAAAAGAAGAUACAGAACUCUUCAUUGAGGAAGCCAAUGCUUACCACCCUACUCACAUCAAGUUUACUCAAGGGCACCCAACGUCAAUUUUUGGAAAAUAUCUGUUAGGAAGACGAUUUGAGAUCUAGAAUUUUCGGAACAUUUGUAAAAUUUCUUGCUUGCCUGCUUCUCCUAGGCUUUUCGAACAUCUAAAAAAUGUUAUAAUUGCCCAUUUUAAACGGAUUUUUACCCUGAAAAGGUCACCUAGAAUUUUCGGGAGCCUUUUUCUGGCUGAAAUUUUCGAAAAGGUAAGUUUUGAUCUCUAUAAUUUUUGGAUCACUGGACUUUCAGCUAAGAAAUCCGAACAGAUGAAAAAAUUUUAUGGGAUAAAAAUAUGCCUAUAUCUACCGUUUAAAUACUAAAAUACGUUGAACUAUGCUAUGUUUAAGUGGUUUUGAAUUAUAUUCUCCUUGGGUGCCCCUGUUUACGGGUGAAAUAUCAGAAGUAGACUCUUGGACACAACAGUGUACAAAGAGGUGGGUAAAUGGGGGCGGGAGGGGGUCCUACGCACGUAUCUGCACUGACAUUAAAGUGUGGAAAUAGCGCAUCACGAGGAUUAAAAUCCCGCGCUCACGUUUCACGGAAAUUUCCGAAGUAAAAGGACAGUGCAUGGCAGGACCUGCUCAGAAUGCUGCUGUCUGCUGAGUUAAUGAUGAGUUACUACAGUAAUUGAGGUUUAAUAGUAGAGCCGAUGUUUCGCUUCAUGUGCCUCCCGCACAACUAGUGCAGAGAAGUAAGGGAGGCAGGUAGACAUACAAUGAAAUGUAGGUGAAGGUAAACUGAUGAUGACUAAUGGUGACGGAUAAUAGAACUCAAAAGGAACGUCAUUUGACUUUCCCUUGUCUCAAAGUUGACUUUGACCGUUUUCCGCUUCGAGUACAGUCGAAACUUCAUGUGCGACCACUUCUCGUAAGCGAUCACCUCCGAUAAUUAAGCGACCGCCAAUCCAAAACACCAAAAUUUUUCCCGUUAAAGCCUUACAGUUUGAACCUCUGGUAAACGACCACCUCCUUUGGGCCUGACAGUUAAUAAUUUGCCAUUGUUUUUAAACUCUGGCAAGCGACCAUUUGACGCAUUUAUAUCUGAUAAGUCUAUUUUCGCUGUUUGCACUGUUACUUAGAAUAUACAGACAACUUUAGUGAGAACACGAAACUACAUAUAUCCUAACUUAGACAUUGCAUGCAAUAAAUUAUCUUCCAUAAAGUAGAUGUGCCUGGACCUCUCCUCGGAAGAGACUACCCUGUUACUGCCAUGAAACGUUCACGAUAGCCGGUGUUAAGAUAUCAUUGCCAGAAAUUAGGGACAAGAUGGCGGUUGCGCGUGCGCACUAAGGCCACAAUGGCUGCGAAUUCGUAUUAGAAAAUGUAUGGAGAUAAGGAAACUUGUUCAGAUAUAUCGAUUAUGAGCUCACGGGUGUUCGGUGCCCGACUCGAAACAUGUUAAGUGCUGUGUAACCUUCGCAUCUGGGUUAAAAAUAGCUAAUUAGAAGUAGGUUUACUUACUUCCCGAAGUGGCCACUUUUAUCUCUCGUUGUACGCUCCAUUUCUCCAUACAUUGUCUUAAAAUCUUGCCGAAGUCACGCGAAAUACUCGUCGAUUAGAGGAUAAACCCUUCACUGAAGUAAAUUUGCACGAGAUGUUACUGAAUUUAUGAUAUUCAGUAUAUAGAUAGAAAUGUCGCAAUAACCAUUCUUGAAAAGGGAGAGGUGGAAAUGAAGUACAACAUAGAAAGAAAAGAAAAACUAAUAAGGAUAUGGAUUACAAUGAUUCGUCACGGCAGUUUAGGCCAUUAGGUUCAAGAGUCACGAGACCGAGUCACGUGAAGAAUGAAUUUUCCUAAUGAGACUAACUGCAUGUCAGUGUGAGAAUGGUCAGAGUGAGAGAGAAGGUGUUCAGAAACAUCAGUGGGUUUAGAUUUAACGUUAGUUUUGUCGACUGGACGUCUGUGUUCGUUAAAUUUGUCCUUGAGGCAAAAGUGACCAAGCUGUGUUGAACUCCCAUGAGGAGCCGCAUAAAGUCCCUUAAGUCCCUUGAUUGACGGUUGCUAUGCUCAAUUUCCUGUUACAAUUUUACCUUCGAUCUCGUGCAUGUUAGCAGGGGACAGACUGGCUGUCAUCGAUAGUGAUUUUCACAGAGGCGAUGAAACAAUCUUAAAUUUCGCAACCGUCUGUUAAUAUGGUUAAAAUAGUAGUAGCCGGGGUAAAUAUAGUCGAGUGCGGUCUUUGCAACUAUCCUCCGAAUCAGAUCAUCCCGAUCAAGCCAUCAUUGUAUGGAGUAUAUGUGAAUUGAAUUCUUCUUCACCGUAUCGCGGUCGAGAAUUUCUGUGUUGAUUCAAAAUCCUUUCCCUUAGAAGCUGUUGGUAUUUGAAAGAAAAUUUUAACAGAUCGGACAGGUUAGGAGAGUUCAAACUGACAUGGCCAGCCUUCCUUCGUCACAUUGGUUCAAAAGGGAGGCCAAUUCAGCCUUAGAUCAGUAGGUUUACCUUGCGACACAUUAAUUCUGCUUUUUUUAUGACUUGCUUAAUCGUAAGACUCCUUGAAGGUAAGGACAGUGUUCGAAUUUUUUCCUUUAAUUUAAUUAUUUAUUUCUGCCUCGAACAUAUCCGCGCAAAAACCUCCUAAAUGCCCGCCAAAUUUAAUGUAGCGCGCUCGGGAGUGAUCGCACAGUGUUUAGGGAGAAACAGGUCCAGCACACCUUCAACUGGAAGCAAUUUUGUGUUACAAAAAGUACCCUUAUAAAGAAGUCGAAAAGCGUUAUCAAUUUUGUGCUACAUUUUCUUGAUAAACAAUGGAAUGUGUUGAAAAUUAUAGACAUCCGUGUUUCAUAACACAAGUACACACGUAGCGGCCAAAUUGCUAUAUAUUUAAUCUUUUUACAACUGUUUUGCUUGUUGCCGACGUUUAAAUGCUACAACAUGAUCCAGUGCGAUUUAUAGUUGUCGCUACAUGCUCAGAUCUUUGUUUGAAUUAAUGCGAAAAUUAUCUUAUAGUCUAUAAGAAAUAAUAGUUAAAAUACUCGAUCUUAGCACAACAAGCCAGUAAUUACUGCGUUUGCAUUGUUGCAUGCUUUCUCUACCUAUGAAAAUAAUAGUUUUCCUAGUAUAUCAGAUAGGCCAACUGACUCCCACUGGUAGCAAAUUGUGCAGCAAAACCAUAAAUAAGGGCUAUUCGAAGUAUGGGAAACACGAGUGUGUCUUAUUUUUAACGCGUUUUAGUCGCUCAUUUCAUGGUUGAUCAAAAUCAAAAGUUGUUACAUGAGGGUUAUACCCCUACCGUCCUAAAUGUACUUCACAGAGAGGGGGUUGAGUGUUGCUCGUUAUUUGUAAGUCUCUGAAUCUUAGCAGCUUUCUUUUUCUUUUCUAUAAUUUUUACAGGGGAAUCGAAAUGAAUUUGAGUUGAUUGGUUGCAUCCAUCGCAGUUUCCCCUAUUUGUUUUUCAAAAAAACACCAUUGUACGAACGGUCUCUAUUAUUUUUCACGAACAGAGAGCUUUAAUUCACCGAAAAACAGAUUCAUAAAAUGUACAUGGUUCAGGGUAUUUUGUACGUGCUUUUUAUGUUGGGUGUGUCGCCUGAUUAAAAGCGAGCGAUCGGGUGAGUCGCCUUCGCUUAGUGCAAGAAGACUUUGUAAAACUUGUACAUUAAAUGAAUCUUUCUGUAAAGAACGAGACGGCUUAGCAAGCUUGAAAAAUAGUUUUGGAAAACGUCUUGCCAAAUAUAUUUUUCUUUUGUUUGGGGACUGGUAAAAUUGUAUUUCAACUAAACUCUGUACAAUUCGCAAUUGAACUUAUUCUUCGGAUUCAAAACAAUGACCAAUGUUCUGUCUGCACGUGCUCUUUUGGGUGAGUCGCCUGAAAAAGCAAGCGAUCGGGUGUGUCGCCUUCGCGUAGUGCAAGGGAACUUGGUUUUCAUUGGUUAUGGCUCGCAAGUCCGUUUUGAACGAAAUAAAUGGUUUCAGUCAUAAUUAAUGAACAUCGUAUAGGUGACCUUGCAAGUUUGUAUUAUAAGAAAACUAUAGAGCCUUUUUACGCCGCGAACAGGAUAAAUAGAAUACUUCACCGGCCUUUUCUCAAAAAACGGGAAUAGUCCAGCUUUAAAUUCUGCUCCCCAGAAAAAGCUACAAUCAAAAUUAUUUAAAUUUGUAGUUUAAAUUCAAUUAAAUUUUUUUAAAUCGCUGCUCUUCGUUCAUUUGUGGUAAAUGAAUGCAUAUCGAUUAGCGGAAUUAAAAUCACUAUAGCGCUUAUUUGAUUGCCUGUUCUAGUAUGGUCGCUUCUAGGGCUUAAAAUAUUGAGCUUAAGCCAAUGCUUGAGAAAUAACUUGUAAAUGACUAAAUCGCCGCUUCGUGUCAAACAAAUAUUUAUCCCAAGUAUUAUAUGAAACGUUACAAACAACAAAAAUGAACUUUGAAAAUCUGAUAUGCUAUCAAGUUUCCAAAAUCCACAAUUGCAGUCCGUUAAUAUUCAAGAAUAUCCAUUCUUAGCUCCUUUUGUGUUCGCCGGGUUAGUUGUACCUUUUUAUGUGUCACUUAGAUUAUUCGUUUUGCUUUACUUUCUGUUUAGUUUAUGGGACAACACUUUGUUGAUUGUGACUACUGAUAAUGGCGGGGCACCUGAUGAUGGUGGUUACAACUGGCCUCUUCGUGGUGAAAAAGGAAGCCUCUGGGAGGGAGGGGUCAGAGGAGUGGCUUUUGUUCAUGGAAAUAUGCUGCAGAGGACUGGAGUCACGUGA